AUGAGCUCGGUUAAGGGGCCAAGGCCAUUCGCACUCAAAGACGCGCCGCUCGACGGGCAUCGCCGCAUAAAGGUCCGCGUGAUCGGUGCAGGCUACUCGGGGAUCUACCUGGGAAUCCGUAUACCGCAACGGCUGCGGAACAUCGACUUCAAGAUCUACGACAAGAAUGAGGCCGUAGGAGGAACAUGGUGGGUGAAUAGAUAUCCAGGAGACUCGUUCAACCCCAACCCUGACUGGUCUGCCUUCUAUGCGCCCCAAAAGGAGAUAUGUGCGUAUCUUCAGGGCACAGCCGAGAAGUACGGGGUGAUGAGAUUCGUCAUGCUCUCACACAGUGUCGAUGCAUGCAGAUGGGAUGACGACAACAAGAAAUGGAUCCUGACAGUCCGGCGGAUAGACACCGGUGAAGUCUUCGAAGACGAUGUGGAUGUCUUGAUCGCCGCUCGAGGCAAUCUCAGUGAUCCGGCUUGGCCAGAUAUCCCGGGUCUGGAGGACUAUCAAGGGGAACUCAUGCACUCAGCAUUGUGGAAUGACAAAUUCGACUUCAGGAACAAGACGGUGGGCGUGGUUGGAAAUGGUUCAAGCUCCAUACAGAUUGUUCCGCACUUGCAGAAGAUUGAAGGCACACAAGUGUCUUGCUUCGUCAGGAGUAAAACCUGGAUAACUAAUCCGUUCGGAGACAUUGUGAUGCACAAGCUCGGGCUCGAUUCCAAGAAACUCGAAUUCUCGCCCGAGCAACGCCAAGAGUUCGCCAAUAACCCAGAGAAGCUCCAUAACUUCCGCAAGGCCAUCGAGCUGGACGGCAACACGAUCCACACCGUCUCAUUCCGGGACUCAGCCGCCCAGCGCGGUGCCAUCGACGCCUUCCGAGCAGCGAUGCAGGAGCGGCUGGCGCCCAAACCCGAGAUCGCCGAGUUCCUGGUACCGACCUUCGGCGUCGGCUGCCGGCGCGCCACACCAGGGCCGGGCUACCUCGAGGCGCUCGUGGAGAGCAACGUGGACUUCGUCACGGACCCGAUCGCGCGCGUGACGUCCACGGGCGUGCGUCUGCAAUCCGGCCGCGACGUCCCCCUCGACGCCCUCGUCUGCGCGACGGGUUUCAACACCAACAAAGCGCCCCCCUUCCCCAUCCACGGCAUGAACAAUCUCUCCCUCGCUGCCCGCUUCACGCCGCACCCGGAAGCCUACCUCUCGGUCGCCGUCGACGGCUUCCCCAACCUCUUCAUGAUGCUGGGGCCCAACUCGGCCAUCGGCUCCGGGUCGCUGACCAUCAUCCUCGAGGCCGAGGGCGACUACAUCGUCAAGUGCAUCCGCAAGCUACAGAAAGAGGACUACGCGACCAUGGCUGUUAAAGAAGAGCGCGUGCGCGAUUGGCGUGAGUAUUGCGCGGAGUACUUCAAGAAGACCGUUUAUACGGACACUUGUAACAGCUGGUACAAGAACGCCGAGGGGGGUGUAGUGACGGGGCUCUGGCCGGGCAGCACGCUGCAUGCCGUCGAGGCAUUGCGGGCGACGCGGUGGGAGGACUUUGAGUGGGAGAGCAGACACGAAGAGAACGGCGGUGGUGGGAGUAGGGGUGGGAGUGGAAACCUGCUGCGCUGGCUCGGCAACGGCUACAGCGUCACGCACUCGAAGAUCGAGGGCGCGGGCGAGGGCGACGAGGAGUUUGGAGGCGACCCGGCGUGGUAUAUCGAGCCGCGGUUCCAGAGCGUGCCUGUUGAGGGCCGGCCUGAGGAGGAUUCGGAGUUUGCUAUGCGGCCGUUUUCACAUUGA